AUUAAACGGCCCUUACCGGCUCUUCUGGGUGAUUACUACGGUAUUAAUUACCCUUUGGCCCUUCUAGGCGGGGAGACGGAAGCUAUCUCGAAGACGGAAGAGGUCAAGAAUGAGGACUAACCUGUUUGUCGUCUAGUUCAGUGAUGCGUCUCCUGGCCCAGAUUGUUUAAUUUCUUCGCUGUCUCCUCUUCUCUGCCGCUCUCGACUACAUUCCUUUCUUUUAUUUUGACCCCCUGACGGCCUUCUUCUUCUUCUUUUCUCCAUCCUCGACUAUUGGCACGUUUCUUCCCCCGUUUCUCAGCUAGAGUUGAAUGUUGUCACCCUUUCACCUCCUCGUCUCCCUCGACCAGUGAACCCUUGGUCCGUCAUGGGGGAUUCCCCGGGAACGGGCGAGCCGGGAACUGCGCCGGAAGCGUUCCAGCCAUCCAAGUCGUCUUCACCUGACCAGAACCAGAACCAGAACCAUGACGCCCCGAAUCAUCCGCCACCGUCAAAUGAUCUCGCCAAUGAUUUUGAUCUCCAAAACCGCGAGCUUCGCCGACAGAAGCGAUCGUCUCUUCCUGCUCGACCUCACGCCGCCGCUCGUCACAGUAAAAGGUUGACCUUGAACUUUCCCAUCAGCAUCCCCCCGGAUUUGCUCUCAGAACCGAGUUCUGCGUCUCCCGGAUCGAUGACGCCAAUCGGUCGUUCGUCCGCCCACCAAUCGCCGGUGCCUGUCGGCAGCCCGCCGCUGGGCUUGGAUGAUAAGGAUGAUGGAUCGGGGAUCUUGACCGCCAUCGCAUCCCAAGAACGGAAGGUCCUGGAGCUCAAGGAGGAGUUGCAGCGAGCGGAAACCGAGCUGGACUCUUUGAAGAAGCAGUGGGCGCAGUCGGAGAAAUCGAAGAAGCGCACGGAGAUCAACUACCGCGCGGAGCCGCUGGUGCCGUUGAAAACGCCCGACCAGGUGAUCGGCGACCCGCUCGCCCAACAUAACCGGGAACGCAGCGGAGGGAGUGUCGACAGUCCAUCCGCGACCCAGGCGAGGCUCAGCCGGGAGCUGGAGCGCCGUCAGAGCCUCCGCUCGGCGACGAACAAGGGCACUACCAUCUCGUCGAAUGGGAGGCGGGUGUUUCAGGGGUCGCACGCGCGGACUUUGUCUCUACUCUCCGCCGGCUCGGGCCCUACCAGCGGUAAAGCGCCUGGAUCUGAAUCACCCAGGGGCCAAGGAGAGGCGGAGCGGUUGGGUCGGCCUCCGCGGUCUGCGACCUUGCCAUCCCUUGAACGCAUGCCUGUGGCGAUGGGUGAUAAACAGGCCCAGGACGCGAUGUCGCAGUGGGGACAGACCUUGCCUCCCCCGUCGCGGGAAAUGCUCAUGCGAACGGGCAAGCAGAUGGCGUCCGACCUGAGGGAGGGACUCUGGACAUUCUUGGAAGACAUUCGACAGGCGACCGUCGGGGAAGAGGGAAUCAACGCGACCGAAACGAGAACCAUGCGGUCGUCCAGCUCGAAGUCACGGAGCAGAGACCGGUUGUCGGUCCAGGGAGACCGGCCGUCACGGUCGUCUUCGACGUCACAAAGCAAGGGGGCGGGGGCGAAACUUUCCGGUAAAGACUCGAAAUCGGUGGACCUAGAUAUGUUGUUCUGGAGUGAAUUCGGCAUUGAUACCCCUGGGCAGACGUCCCCGAGAGCACAAGAAGCGUCCAACAACCAAGACGGCACGACCGACCCCGCCGCGUCCAGUCCACCCGACGUUGAUGAUAACUGGGACGAUUGGGAAUCGCCGCAGCCGAAGAAGACGCACACCCCAUCAUCCAGCCACUCCACCUUGGCCUCGAAGCACGAUCGGUCACCGACGACUCAGAACAGCAGUCCCCGGACUAGCACAAGCUUGGGCGAUUGGCGCGCCACCCAGGAUGCCAACAUGUCCGAUCCCAAUGGUUCCGAUGGAAUCCCCUGGCCCGCCAUCACGAAGCUGGCGCCCUCGAAGCUCACCCGCACCGCCUCGAACCUGAUGGCGGAGUGGGAGCGCAGUCUCUCGCAAUCCCCGGAAAGCGGGCACGAGAGGAGCUCUUCACUCGAUAAGGACCACAAGAACGACUAGAGUCCACGCCCCCUUUCUUUUCCUGCUACAACCAUUUGAGCGCAUUUUUAUCUCGGCUCUCGGUGCUACUGUAAAUAUAUGCACCCGAGUAGCCUGCACGAUCUACCUUUUUCAUUUCUUGGUGACCGGAUUUCCCUGGACAUGAGACAGUACGGAAUAACGCAGGGUUUAUGAUCGUUGAUCCGAAUACCCUUUAUGAUCACGCUUUUGACUACUUUACCCUUACGAUCCUUGAUGUCCAUUUAACUUGUGUUUGGUCUGAUUUACUUUUCUUUACUUUUCUUUACUUUUCUCUUCGAUGACUUGGAUGUUUACAACAUUCUGGAAUGUAUAUUUAAGUGUAGUUCAGUUAGACAUUUUCAACCGAAGAACUUUAUUU